AUGAUGGUGCUUUCAAACGGUGCGUGCGUGCUUUACGCCUUUGCCCUCGCGUGUGCGUUUCUUCCACCGGCCAAAGGACAACCAUCCGUGAACGAAACGGCCCCCGAAGGACCCGAACCAUGCGCCAACUCCACCGACCAUCCCAAUCGGCUGCUCGCGCUGAAGGACAACACGACGUGCGUGAACGCAUUCUGUGGUGCAGAAAUACCCCGACGGGAACCGGCGUAUGGGCGGGAUGCGAUCAACGACACCACUGGGAGCAAGGGUGGCCACCAUCUGCACCACCGGUCAUCAUCCUCGUCCUCGUCCUCGUCGAUGUUGCUGGGCGCGGCGGAUGACGACGCAACGCUCGAACCGUACGGUGGUGGGAAUAAGGCGAUGCACCAGGCGGAAGUACUCAAGCACACUUCCGUUCUGUACGGUCUCAUCACGAUCGCGGAACGGGAUGGGCUGUCCGAGCGGUGCUACCGUGAGCUGCAGCGUGUCUACACCGGCAUCCAGCAGAAGGAGAUUUGGGCGAUGAAAGUGCUGGAUGCAUCCGGAAGCCAAGAACCAGGCUUCAUGUGGGGCCACAACCACUGGAUCGGUUCCGAAAAAGGCUGCCAAACGACACGAUCACCCCUGUCCAUAACGCUGUCCGAUCGCUACCGGCGCAACAUGAAACGUAACCUGGUAUCGGCACUGGCCCCGUUCGAUUUCGAAUAUCGGAUGGUUUUCGCCAAACACCGGUCCGCUUGGCAGGUGGAAGUGAAGUUCCAGAGUGAGAACAUACUUCAUAUUGGCGUGUGCAUACCGCGAUCAUGCACGAACGACGAGUUGCACAAUCUGACCGCGCGGUACUUCGAUGAGAACCUCGUCCUGGCGCAAGACAUCUACGAGUUUAAGCCGAACGUGCUGCACGUAAAGAACACCACGCUGGGCCACACUUUCUGGGCGAAACCGAGCGUUUUCAUCAUCGGAAUUGUACUCGCUUUUACGCUGCUAAUGGUCUACCUGGCACACAUCAAAGAACAACGUGCGAUGGAAGAAAAGAACAACAACGUAACAACCACCGUAACGGGAAGUAACACACCCCCAGCAAGCUCCAUCAUCCCUCCCAACGGUCAUCCCGACGAAAGCACCUUCACCGAGCGCAUAAUCGAUAGCUUCAAUUUGCGCAAAAAUCUAAACACGAUCUUCCGCACCGAAAGUGGCCCCCAAUCGCUGCCGGUGAUCUCCGGCAUGAAAUCGAUCUGUUGCUUCCUGAUCCUGUGCUUCCACAUGCAAUGGUACACGUUCUACACCGUGCACAACCCAUCCGUUAUGCUGCACUACGCCGAACAGGCACACUUUCAGCUCGUCAGCAACGCACCCCUGCUGGUGGACGUGUUCUUCGCGAUCAGUGGCUUUCUGCUCAGCUACAACUUCAUCCGCAACCGGUCAAAAGUGCACGAGGUCAAGGCGAAUUCGUUGUGGGAAAACGGCAAGCUGUACGGCAAGAUGUUGCUGCACCGGUACCUUCGCCUUUCGCCGAUGUACCUGUUCGUGACGGCACUCGGUGAGCUGACGCACAGCUACAUCGUGGAGACGUCCAAAUUUUGGGUACACGAACGCUCCGAUCUCGGCUGCCAGCGGUACUGGUGGCGCAAUCUGCUGUACAUCCAGAACCUCUAUCCGGUCGAUGAUUUGUGUCUCAGCUGGACCUGGUCGUUGGCCUGCGAGAUGCAGUACUACAUGCUGUUCACCGUGCUGCUGUUCGUCUACUCCAAGAGCUCCAGGUUCGGUAAAAAGGUGUUUGGGGUUUUCGCGAUCACCACCUUGCUGUUUAACAUCGCACACACGCUGAACUACCGCUUUAUACCGUCGUACGACGUGCUGUACAAUACAGGACACGCCCUGUACACUGCGCCCUGGUCUCGGGUGUCUCCGUAUGUGGUCGGGGUCUACUUUGGAUGGCUGAUGGCGUCAAGGCGCGAUAAGUUCACUAUCACGCAGAACCAAUUCCGAUGGUACUGGUUGCUGGCGUGCUUCUGCGUGAUCUUCAGCAUGCAUUCCACGAUCAAGCGCAAUUUUCCCUUCCCAAUCGCGUCAACCGUCAUGGUCGCCGUACGGUGGCUGAUCUCAUGGGCUGCCUGCUGGGUGAUCCUUGCCACGAGCUGUGGUUACUCGAAUAUCGUGACGCGAGUGCUUUCUUCGAAAUUUUUCGUCCACACGAACAAGCUAACGUACGGGAUCUACUUGCUGAAUCCGCUGAUCAUCAUCGCCACGUUCGGUGUGUCGGAUUCCAGCGUUCACGCCGACCCAAUACCAGCGAUUGUAAUGACGCUCGGUGUAACGUUGCUCUCCUACCUGGCAGCGAUUGUCUUUUCCGCUUUCUUCGAGAUUCCGUACUGCCGAAUCUCUAGUGAAAUCCUUAAGCUUAAUCGUAAGCUUCCAACCGCGACCACGCAACCUUCUCCCACGAACGCGGUCGCGGCCGAGGCAAACCAGCCACCGAAGAACAACCCAAUCCCAGUGACUGCGAGCGAACGAAAGGAGCAAUGAUCCUUGCUUUACCGUUGGAUGGGCGCUACAUCGUAACACCGCACAAGGACAAGCUCAACCUCCCGCACAAGGAUAUGCCUUGCUCGCGUUUCUUAAUCCUUCCCAUCCGCCGCGCUUUAAUCUUAAAUCCCCGCUCCCGGAUUUGAAUCCUUUCCCCGGAUGCUGUGGAGUGGAGCCCUCUCGGGUUCGGGUUGGGGUCUCGCACCCAAUCGAUUAGCUUUGUAAGCGUGCAUGUGAUAAUCUAUCUCCCCUCUAUCGGUGAUUCUUAUCGGUUUUUGUUGGUUCGCGUUGUUGUUGCGGAGUUGCGAAACGGAAAAGCCACAGCCGGUAAAC